AUGGCAGCUGUGCUCCCUCCUAUCCAUCCCCCUAUGGGAAUGUUUGACCAAUAUAUCACUCCCGGGGGUGACAGUCUCAUCCUCACAGAGAAGGUUUUCUCCCUGUCUGGGGACAGCUUCGAGGUCCACAAGAAUCAGGGAGGCAAACCCGGUGAGGCAGCUCUCAAGAUCCAGGGCAAGCACCUCACCAUCUCCGGCCGCAAAACGGUCUCCGACAUGGCAGGCAACCUCCUCUUCGAUAUCGUGAAGGAGCACUUCCACAUUCUUCACCCCACACUGGCCGCUCAGGAUGAGAGUGGGAAGAAGUAUCUCGUUAUCAAGAAGCACAGAAAACUCAUCGGCAGCGAAGCGACAUUGACACUCACCUCCAAGGACGGUCGCACCGACACCCUCAAGAUGAACGGCAACUGGAGAGACAGCUGCGCCAACAUCAUCCAUGUUGGGUCGGGCGCGACGGUCGCGAGGAUUGACCGCCAGAUUCUCAACGCACGAGAGCUCAUCGGCGGCGCGCAGACAUACCAUCUCAACGUGGCGCCCGGCGUCGACGUGGCCCUCAUGGUCGCGGCCUGCGUGGCUCUGGACGAGCUGAACAAUGAGAAGAAGGGUUUGAUUUCAUUUUAG